CGCAAAGGCGAUCCCCAACUCUUUUCUGUCACCCACACGGGUCCACUGUAUACAGACACAAAGCAGUACAUAAGUUGUUCCAUAGCCGUCCCUCUUUCGGCAUACAAAAUGUUCAAAUCCGUGGUCGCUCGUCAAGCCGCGAAGGCAGUCUCCCAAUCCUCCGCAUCUACCGCGCGACCGGCCCUGAACACCUUCUUCCGCUCCCUCUCCUCCACCGCUUCUCGCGCCAAUAAUGACAAUGAAAAGGUCAAGAAGGAUCCGUUCCUGUCGGCCACCACCAAAGCUCCCGAUGACACCCUCGAGACAGAAGGCCGCUUCGCCCGGACAGACGAGAGGGUUAAGAUCGAAUACCCCGAUGACUCGCAUAUGCCCCGUUCGCCGAUCGUGCAAGGCCGUGGUGGGAUGCACUUCAAGCGCACCCUCGCUCAAUUUUCUCUAGAGAACAGGGUCACCCUUGUGACCGGGGGUGCUCGUGGGUUGGGUCUGGCGAUGGCCCAGGGCAUCGUGGCCUCGGGAUCCGAUCUUGCUAUUGUCGACCUAAACAAGGAGGAAGCCCAAGAACAAGCCCAAGGGCUUGUAGAGCAGUUCAGGAAGGAAAACCCGGGGUUAGAGCCAGAUCAGCUACCCAGUGUCACCGCUCACUACGCCGACGUGUCGAAUCCACAAUCCGUGAGUGCAGCUAUCGAAGAGGUCAUCGCAAAGCAUGGCCAGAUUGACCACCUCGUCACCUCCGCUGGUUUCGCGGAGAACUUUGAUGCGAUCUCCUACCCCUAUGAUCGCAUCAAGAAGCUGUGGGGCGUCAAUGUGGACGGGACAUACCUGUUCGCGACUGGUGUCGCGAAGCACUUGAUGGAGCGCAAUGCUUCCGGCAGCAUGGUCAUGAUCGGUAGCAUGUCCGGUGCCAUAGUGAACAUCCCUCAACCACAGAGCCCCUACAACGCUUCCAAGGCAGCUAUCCGCCAGCUGGCUGCAUCCCUCGCCGUCGAGUGGGCUUGCUACGAUAUCCGCGUCAACUGCAUCAGCCCUGGAUACAUGCUGACCGCUCUCACCCGCAAGAUCCUAGACGAGAACCCCGAGCUUCGCGACAAGUGGAUCUCGCUCAUCCCCACCGGCAAGAUGGGCACGCCCGAGGAUCUGAUGGGCGCUGUGACCUUCCUCCUCAGUGAUGCUUCCCGCUAUGUUACGGGCACCGAUCUUCGCGUUGACGGUGGUUACACCCUGACCUGAUUCAAACGUCCUGGUUUGAUUUGAUUUGAUGUUUUCCUACGCGACAUGAUUUACGGAAUUUUCUAGUCUUGGUUUGGUAAUAUAGACCGGUGUGUUGCUUAUUUUUCUAGUAGCGUGUCCAUUCAAUCGUCCUGUUAUUAAGCUCUGCA